UUAAAACUAUGAAAGCUUGUGCUUUUAAACGUUAGAGUGUUAACGCUGGCUGUGUUGCGGGCUAUUUAUAAAUUCUCUAGUACCUCAUAUUGCUAUCUCCGCCCCUCCUGAUGAGGACAGGAGGAUAACGCAAGCAUCGCCUACAAAAAAACGAAAAAACUUCCGGGUUGUAGCGUUUAAAUAUGCGGAGCUGACGGCAGGAAGAAAAGCAGAAGCCCAGAAGAAGAAAAAGCAGAGUUUCUUUUAAAGCUGUGAAGUAAAAGAGGAGCGAGGGAGGAAGAGGAGAAUGGCCGUGGUGGAGCAGAGAGGAAGCGUCCCCGUGGCGUCCGCUGUCACAGAGGAAGAAACUCCUCCAAAGGAAGCAAACGGUAAUGGCAGCCAUGCCAGCAACGAUGUUACUGCCCCCACAGCUGAGACCACUCCAGAUGUUCCAGAGGAACCGAAGCAGAGCAAAGGUCUCUCACUCACACCUGAGAUACCCAAAGGUGUGGUGAUUCAAGCCAACAACAGCAACCCCACCAGCGAGAAGUUCAAAAGAGUUCGCGAUUGGAGCAUCACCAAAUAUAAGUAUACCAGGCAGGCUCUUUCGGAGAAGCUUGGCCGUGGGUCUCGUACCGUGGAUCUAGACCUGGAGCCCCGCCUUGAGCUGCUCAAAGACGACCGACAGCGCUAUGAAAAUGUGACCAAUCUGGCUCAGACGCUCGCCAGUCAGCUCUCUCAGCUCACAGUUACCCAGAAGAACCUCGGGGAUGCCUUCACAGAACUCAGCGUCAAAACGCCAAGUCUGCACCUGGAGUUCGGCAUAAAUGCAGAUGCUCAGAGGUUCCUCUCCAAGAGUGGCGAAACGCUGACGGAAGCCAUCAACGCCUUCACAUCUGACAUGAACACACUGGUCAACAAAACCAUUGAGGACACAAUGAUCAAUGCUAAGCAGUAUGAGACUGUCAGGAUCGAGUAUGAUGCGUUCCGAGUCGAUCUGGAGGAGCUGAACAUGGGUCCCCGUGAUGCUGUCACCGUGCCCAAACUGGAGCAGGCCCAGAAAAACUUCCAGACUCAGAGGGAGAAGUACGAGAAGAUCCGAGACGACCUGUCAGUCAAAGUCAAGCUGCUGGAGGGAAACAAGGUCAAAGUCCUCCGUAAUCAGUUGUGGAUGCUCCAUGGCGCCUUUGCAGCUCACAGCUUGUCUUGUCAGAAUUUCCUGGAGAAAAACAUCCAGGAGGCCGGAGAACAUCUCAACAACGUCAGCACAGACGUCCCCUCCUUCCUGGAAGAAAGUUGACACAGCAAAGCAACAACCAACAGGCAGGAGGACAGAAUCAGAGGGAGUCGGAGGAACAUUUGGCAUUCAUGGAUUCUCUGUGAGAAAAGUUUGGGAGUACUCAGCUAGAAACGUUUGGAUGAAUGUUAGAGGUGUGGGUGAUUAGUUAAUUUAUACCAGGGUGGAACUGAAUUCUUUAGAUCUGGGAUGAAUUUCCAGCUUCACAAAGAUCUCUGGAAACAAAGUUGAAUGUUUGCAACAGAAAAUAGGGAGUUAGCAAAAACAAUUUAUUUGGGAUGUAGAAAGGGUUUCAUGGGUUCUGGUGUAACUCAUGGAAAGUCAAAAUGUGAGUCUGUAAUUAGUCUUAAAAAUAAUUCUGAUAUUACAUUUAUGAGAAAAGAGAAAUAUCAUCUGUCAUUCAUUCAGUACAAUGCAUUUAUUCAUAUACAUACAAACACUUGCACCCUCCUGGGUUUCUCACCUCUGUUUCAAUGUGUUGGGGAGUAAAUCCAUCUAAUCCUCCAGGAGUCAGUAAGCCUUUCUUUGAACUUUUCAAAAUCCUCAGCCACUGCAGUCACAAGCUCACAGCUCCCGAAGUGCCUCAACACCACUGCUGGAAAACAGUUUCAUAGUCAGAUAAAGGCUGCUACAGUCCUCCUUUCUCUACCAGCAACAUUAAGCAAAUUUAAUGCCAGUGUAAAUGUAAGUGUAAAUGCCAAACAUCUCAAUAUAUCAGCAGAACCUAACUGGUGUGAAAAUAUCAGCUAAUUGUUUUGGGUUUUUUUUGUCAUUUUAAACUUCUGUUGAAGCAGUUCAGUAAGCUUUGGAUUUGAUGUGCAUAUUUGUAUAUUGAUAAAAACCAAAAUGCCAAACUCAAAUCCUAGAACCAACUGGUUACGUAUGAUUCAGAUUUUGUAUUUUAUUUAUUUUUUUGACUGCUGAAGAAUGACCACCUCCAAAUGUAGCUCUCUAUCACAGGUUUAGCUUCCGAAUCUUUUGUGUUCUUGGUUGGUGGCCACUUUCUUCUAUGGUUUACAUCACAAGCAACUCUCACCUCUAAAGGUCAUUCAGUCUAUAGUGAGCGUUGGUUGUCAUCAUGCCAGAGAUUUUGGUUUAAAAACCCCUGGUCUGAUUGGCUGUUGGUCAUGUUCUUCCCUUUUUCACAGUGCAAAAACUUGUUGGGCCAAUGGUUUGCUAAUAGCCAAAACAUGUUGGUGUUUAUCUAGUAUGUUAGCACUGCUUGUUGUUUAGUACCAAUCUUUCAGGCUAUAUUUCACCAGUAAGAAAGUUUUCUUUUUCAUUUUGGACAUUUGCAUUAAGAGUUGCACGUUAAUAAAAGUUGUAGAUUUUUUAAAUAAAUGACCACCCAGGUACUUUUUUUCAGUAGGAUUUAUCUUGCUGUGUGUCGGUCAUAAUACGUUGUUUGUUUUGUUUUGUUUUGUUUUUUAGAGAAAGCCAGCCAUUCAGGUAACAUUUGAGCGAAGUGUUUAAUGGGAAAAGCUGCACUCCACACUCCAACCAUAAAUUAAAAAUGUUAUCCAUAGAUUUAUGUUAAAAUAUUUCUGGUGUUUCUUUAUCAGAUUUACAAUGUCAAGACCAAUAUUUGUCUACAAACCAAAGAAAGGUUUGCUGUAUGUCAACGAUGGUGCCUUAUUAGUAUAGAAAUGUUGGCUAAAAACAACUUUCCAGCAUUAUUUAACCAGCAGCCAAAUAUUCGAGUUUAACUAACACUCCUAUUAAUGUACAGGUUUCUGCACACUUCUGGUUUAUUAUUUUCAUCUGUAAGCUACACAACCAAAUAAAGACUAAUGAAACCAGUUAAGUUGUAGAUUUAGGCUGUUUACUUUCUGUAGCUCAAGAAGUUUUUUUUGAUGAGGAAAGGUCAGCUGAAGCUAACAUUUUCUGGGGGAAAAGCCAGUGCACUACUUUUAUAUUUGCAGAUAUGCAGGGGGAAAAAACUCAGUUCAUUUGAGGAUGAUGAAUAAAUUUGCUACCUUGUUAUUGUUGUUUUUGUGUUUUUCCAAAUGAAACCAAAAAUCUGGGGACUCUUUCAUUGAUGGACAAAUCAGCAGAUGAAAUGGUAAAAUGAUCUUAAAAUAAUAUUAGAGGGUUGCACCUGUUCCUGUUAUUUUGUCCAUUUACCAUAUUUUCUUGCACACUUUGCACUCUAUCCAAACCAUAAUCUGCCUUAUGUAUUACUCAUAUUGUUGUAGUAGUCUUUAUUGAAUGACUCCCUUAUGCUAUGUUGACAUGUAUGAACACAAGACCAACUAUGCAAUGACUGUGAGAUGCAGUGCAAUAAUGUCCCAACGACCUUCUUGCAUGUAAAUGUGUAAACUGCCAGUGACUUGUGUUCCCCUUUCCUGAUUUAUCUGUGACUUUAAAGGGAAUUUCCACUUUUUUGUAAACUGAUACUCCUGUGAUGUGUUUGGUGACCAAAAUUACUUUCAGGCUCAACAUCUUUAAGAAAUAGUUUGGUUUGAGUUUAGAUUGUUAGAGGAAGACUGGAUUGUUUUAAAUUAUGUUUUGAGCUUGAACCCACACUUUUGAUCCAAGCUCAUUACUUUUUGUGUGUGGUGAAUAUAUUGGUUUUUGGACUGAUAAUUUAUUUUUCAACAAUUAAAAAAGAGUAAUUUGAAAAGUAAUCUUAUCUCAAGGUCCAUUUACUAGAUUAUUUUUCUUGAGCUUUCAGUUGCAUUUGGGAGAACACCUGCUAAUAUUAGCUUAAAGAGGGGUUUCUGGGAUUGAGCAGUCAUCAGUUGUAGGAAAUCUGCAAGAUAAAGUUGAAAGCUAAAGAGAAAAUCUAAUAAGAUGACCUUGAAUUUGUUUUGUGGCUUUGUAUUUGAUGUGUAUAUUUUUUUUUUUCUUUCAUUAAGUCAGAUGGUCUAAGAUGUCUAGAAAAGAUAAGCCGCAUUCUUUGAAUGUGCCUGCUUGAUUUUUAUUACUAGCAGAAAGAGUUUGGGGUUUUCACCAGGCAAAUGAAGGUUUGCCCCCCCCCCCC